AUGGCGUUCGGAGCGUCGGGAACUACACUGUGCGGGGCGAGGCACACACAGCGUCUAAAAAACCUCAAUUUCUCGGUGCGAUUCCUGCUAAUAGCUGCUCUAAUAGCUGUACCCGUGGCUGUUUCAAACUCGGAAGAGAUAUUUGAUGUUGUCGCCGAGCCUACUGCUGAACCAGAAGUCAUGGGUACGGAACUUGCAGAGACCGAAGCUCGUGUCGAGAUGCGACCUCCAGCAAUUAAACAAGCUAAACCACUUCCAGUAGCUCCAGCAGUUCCAGAGGUUUCACCAGAACAAGAACAACCAGAUGCUGCUCCACUUGAGGAAGCAUCUCGUGAGAGGAGCUCCCUUGCUGCAGUGUACAAUGCGUCGACCGCGCAGCAAAGCCCUUCCGAGGAGGCUAAUGGAGCCCAAGCUGGAGUGCUCAAAAGAAGAGCACAACUGAUUGGACUGGCAAUUCUGCUGUCUCUCGGCAUUUUCCUUCUCAGAGCGAAAGUACGUCUCUCUUAG